AUGGCUUCCAGUCUGCAGCACAUGGCCGCUGGCAUUACCGAGCGCUCCAAGACGCUCAUCAACAACGACCUCAAAAAGAUCUGCAAAGAGGAGGGCACGUCGCAAACCGGGAACAAGGCCGCACUGCAGGCCCGCGUUGUUGGCCUCAUCACCAAUGCCGUCUACAAGAACGACGCCGAGGCUCUGCGGCGGCUGCAGUACCGCGUACAACACCACGGCGACGCACCCCCAGCCGCGACCAGCAGCAGUCCCGCCGCGCCUUCCUACGCCCAGCCCUCUGCUCCAGCUUCAAACGGCUACAGCAUGAGCAACGGCUAUCAGAGCAGCGCAGCCCAAUCUGCACGUCUCAAGGCGGAUCCGUCGUUGCGGCUGCUAUUGUUCGGCGCCACGGAGCAGCCACUAGCGGCCUUUACGCGUCUGGACAUUACAUUUCCUUCGCAGAUUGAGGUGCGCAUUAAUGGCGAUGAAGUCAAGGCGAACUACAAGGGCUUGAAAAAUAAGCCAGGCUCGACGCGCCCAGCAGACAUCACGAGCCAGGUGCGCAUUUCGCCGGCCAAUUAUCGCAACAAUCUCGUUGUCACCUAUGCGCUGACGCAAAAGGCAAAACCUCAGAAGUACAACCUCUUCGUCUACAUGGUGAGGAAGUUUUCUGUUGAGGAAUUGACUCAGCGGAUAAAACAGCGCAACGUCAUAACCAGGCAAUCGGUCCUGAACGAGAUGGCGGAGAAGGCCAACGAUCCCGACAUCGAAUUCGAUUCCAUGGUCAUGUCGCUCAAGGACCCCAUCUCGACGUUGAGAAUCAGCACACCUUGCAGGUCGACUGUCUGCACGCACAACCAGUGCUUCGAUGCGGACUCGUUCUUGCAAUUGCAGGAACAAGCGCCAACAUGGACGUGCCCGAUUUGCAACAAGGCGAUAUCCUACGAAGGUCUUGCUGUAGAUCAAUACGUCGAAGAGAUUCUACGCAAAGUACGGAACGCGGAUCAGGUGACCAUAAAACCCAAUGGGGACUGGUCGACCGACAAGGCUCCAUCGCCUCCACGGAAAAAUGGUUACAGUGCUCACGACGACAGCGACGAAGAUCUGGUCGAAAUUUCGGAUUACCGCGAUCGUGUGACAGCCAUCAAGAGCGAAGCUGCACCAACUCCCGUAUCGCUCAGCACGCCUCCAAUACCCUCUCGGGAGACAUCGACAGCUCCGCGAUCGAACAAGAGGUCUGCUCCGGUGGUUGACUUGACGCUGAGUGACGAUGAUGAGCCCGUGAGGCCAGCUAAGAAGGUAGCGUACAGUACUCCUAAUAGCGUCCCUGACCACACCCGUCGGUAUCAACUUCCUCCCCUGUCCCAUUCCGCAGCCCAUAGCCGUCCAAUGCCGCCCUCAUAUCACGGCAUGCAUUCCAGUUCCCGCCAUGAAUACUCUCGCCCGCCAUCAACCCCGCCUGAUAGAUCUGGAUACGGAUCGUACAGGCCACCUCCACCGAACUCACGACCGUCAUAUCCUGGACAAGGGACGUCACAAAACCCUGCGUGGCUCAGCUCUUCCCCUUGA